CGCCGCCGCCCCUGCCCCUGCCCCUGCCCGUGUCCCUGCCCCUGCCCCUGCCCCUGCCCCUGCCCCUGCCGCCGCCGCCGCUGCUGCUGCUGCUGCUGGCCCUGGGCGGCCGCCGGCUGCACGCCGAGCCCGGCGACGGGGCGCAGACCUGGGCCCGCUUCGCGCAGCCUCCGGCCCCCGAGGCCGCCGGGCUCCUCCACGACACCUUCCCCGACGGCUUCCUCUGGGCGGUGGGCAGCGCCGCCUACCAGACGGAGGGCGGCUGGCGGCAGCACGGCAAGGGCGCGUCCAUCUGGGACACCUUCACCCACCGGCCCCCCGCGCCCCCCGGCGCGCCCCCCGCGGCCGGCCUGCCGUCGGGCGCCCGGUCUCCGUCCCCGCCCGCCACCGGGGACGUGGCCAGCGACGGCUACAACAACGUCUUCCGCGACACCGAGGGGCUGCGCGAGCUCGGGGUCACCCACUACCGCUUCUCCAUCUCGUGGGCGCGGGUGCUCCCCAACGGCAGCGCGGCCGCCCCCAACCGCGAGGGGCUGCGCUACUACCGGCGGCUGCUGGAGCGGCUGCGGGAGCUGGGCGUGCAGCCCGUGGUCACCCUGUACCACUGGGACCUGCCCCAGCGCCUGCAGGACGCCUACGGCGGCUGGGCCCACCGCGCGCUGGCCGACCACUUCAGGGACUACGCCGAGCUCUGCUUCCGCCACUUCGGCGGCCAGGUCAAGCACUGGAUCACCAUCGACAACCCCUACGUGGUGGCCUGGCACGGCUACGCCACCGGGCGCCUGGCCCCCGGCGUCCGGGGCAGCCCGCGGCUCGGGUACCUGGUGGCGCACAACCUCCUCCUGGCUCAUGCCAAAAUCUGGCAUCUCUACAAUACUUCUUUCCGCCCAACUCAGGGAGGCCAGGUAUCCAUUGCCCUAAGCUCCCACUGGAUCAAUCCUCGAAGAAUGACCGACCAUAGCAUCAAAGAAUGUCAAAAAUCUCUUGACUUUGUACUAGGCUGGUUUGCCAAGCCCAUAUUUAUUGAUGGUGACUAUCCUGAGAGCAUGAAGAAUAACCUGUCAUCUCUUCUGCCUGUUUUUACUGAAUCUGAGAAAAAAUUCAUCAAGGGAACAGCUGACUUUUUUGCUCUUUCUUUUGGACCAACUUUGAGUUUUCAACUCUUGGACCCUCACAUGAAGUUCCACCAAUUAGAAUCUCCCAGCCUGAGGCACCUCCUUUCUUGGAUUGACCUUGAAUAUAACCACCCUCAAAUAUUUAUUGUGGAAAAUGGCUGGUUUGUCUCAGGGACCACCAAGAGAGAUGAUGCCAAAUAUAUGUAUUACCUCAAAAAAUUCAUAAUGGAAACCUUAAAAGCCAUCAGGCUGGAUGGGGUGGACGUCAUUGGAUACACAGCGUGGUCCCUUAUGGAUGGCUUUGAGUGGCACAGAGGCUACAGCAUCAGACGUGGACUCUUCUACGUGGACUUUCUAAGCCAGGAUAAGAAACUGUUGCCAAAGUCUUCAGCCUUGUUCUACCAAAAGCUGAUAGAGAAAAAUGGCUUCCCUCCUUUACCUGAAAAUCAGCCCCUAGAAGGGACAUUUCCCUGUGACUUUGCUUGGGGAAUUGUUGACAACUACAUUCAAGUGGACACCACUCUGUCUCAGUUUGCCGACCCGAACGUUUACCUGUGGGACGUCCAUCACAGCCAGAGGCUGGUUAAGGUGGACGGGCUGCUGGCCAAGAAGAGGAAGCCCUACUGCGUGGACUUCGCCGCCAUCCGGCCCCAGGUGGCCUUACUGCAGGAGAUGCACGUCUCGCAUUUUCACUUCUCGCUGGACUGGGCCCUGAUCCUGCCGCUGGGCAACCAGUCCCGGGUGAACCACGCGGCCCUGCACUACUACGGCUGCGUGGCCAGCGAGCUCCUGCGCGCCAACAUCACCCCGGUGGUGGCGCUCUGGCGCCCCGCCGCGCACCAGGGCCUGCACCAGGGCCUGCCGGGGCCGCUGGCCCAGCGCGGCGCCUGGGAGAACCCGCGCACCGCCCUGGCGUUCGCCGAGUACGCGCGCCUGUGCUUCCGGGACCUGGGCCGCCACGUCAAGGUGUGGAUCACGCUGGGCGAGCCGCCCACGCGGAACCUGACCCUCCGCGCCGGGCACAACCUGCUGCGGGCGCACGCGCUGGCCUGGCGCGUGUACGACGAGCAGUUCCGGGGCUCGCAGAAGGGGAAGGUGUCCAUAGCCCUGCAGGCCGACUGGGUGGAGCCCGCCUGCCCUUCCUCGCAGAAGGACCAAGAGGGGGCCGAGAGGGUUCUGGAGUUUGACGUCGGCUGGCUGGCCGAGCCCAUCUUCGGCUCCGGGGACUACCCGCGGCUGAUGCGGGACUGGCUCAACCGGAGAGACCACUUCCUUCUGCCGUAUUUCACCGACGAAGAGAAAAGGCUGAUCCGGGGUUCCUUUGACUUCCUGGCCUUGAGCCAUUACACCACCAUCCUCGUGGACUGGGAAAAGGAAGACCCAGUCAAAUACAAUGAUUACCUGGAAGUGCAGGAGAUGACCGACAUCACCUGGCUCAACUCUCCCAGCCAGGUGGCCGUAGUGCCCUGGGGCCUGCGCAAGGUGCUCAACUGGCUGAAGUUCAAGUACGGAGACCUCCCCAUGUAUGUCAUAUCCAACGGCAUCGAUGACGACCCGCGGGCAGCCCAAGACACGCUGAGGGUGUAUUACAUGCAGAACUAUGUAAAUGAAGCUCUGAAAGCCUACAUGUUGGAUGGUAUCAAUCUUUGUGGAUACUUUGCCUACUCAUUUAAUGAUCGCACAGCUCCGAAGUUUGGCCUCUAUCAUUAUGCUGCAAACCAGUAUAAGCCCAAACCGUCCGUGAAGCAUUACAGGAAAAUUAUUGACAACAACGGCUUCCCAGAGCACUCCAUGCAAUGAAUGAUGUGACCUUUCCUGAGCAAGUGAGAAGGAAAUAAUAACUCAUCCGCUGACGAGUGACUUCGCUUGCUGUUCUUCAGAAUGUGUCAUGAUUUCUUUGAAUUGAGGUUUUUAAAAUUCUUAGUAGGCUCCAAAGCAUUUGGUCUGAUAACACUGGGAGAUUUGUUCCUAUGAUUGCUGAGGUUUAUUUUACAUUGUUGCUGCAACUUCUGUGGAACUAGCUUUGAACUAGUUUUGCUUUGAACUUUCACACUGAAACAGGCUACUGAUUUCUAGAAAGGGCUAAUGAGGUCUUAUCCUUGAAAGCCCCUUAAGUUUUGAUGAUUUUCAGACGGGUCUUUCUGUUACACUGGAGUUGUGGAUGAUCAUAUUAUUUCUUUUCUAGAUAAGCCAAUAUCAUAUCAGGCAAGGUAAACCACUAUCAUAUCUAGCAUAGCUAAUCUUGCUGACACGGGGUGAUAGUGUGCAAAAAAGAAUGCUCUGCUGUAUUAUGUAUCAUCUUCAGAGGUGGUAGGAUUUUUUUUUCCAUGAAAGAUAAGCUUUUGUUGGUAGUCUUUUAAAAAUUGGACUUUGUAUUAAAAUUAGAAACUAGAUAUAAUAGUUUCUUUUAUGUAUAUAUAUUUUUUCCGAUUCUAAGAGUAAUUUAUGUUCAUUGUAAAAAAAUUGAAAAACACAGAAACUAUAUGUAAAGAGAAAAAAUGACCUAUAAGCUCACUACCAAAGUGACCACUAUUAACAUAGCCGAUGUAUUUUAUUUUGCGUGGAGUCAGAUCAUAUUGCAAAUAAUCAUGUGUCUUUAUUAAUUUCUAUUGUGUGUGUUUCUUUUGUCAUUAGUCUUCAAAAGCAUGAUUUCUAAUAGUUGUAGAGUGAUUCUGCUUUAUGAAUUUGUCACAACUCAUGUAAGCAUUCCUGUUGGUUGGACCAGUUUAAUUACUGUUAAAUAAUGUUUAAAAAUUUUCUUGCUACAACAUUAAUUUUCAUUUCCUUGAGUGUAGACAGAAGUAAUUCUGUCCCUUGAUGAAGUAUUGUAAUAAAUCUGCCUGCAGCUUUGCUUCUUUCCUAAUUAUAUAACUGGCUACUACAUUUCUUAAAAAACAAAAUAGAACUUUUUUUGAGUUGACUGAACUACAUAGAACAUGGGUGGUGAAGAAAUGGGUCUGACAGCAAGGCGGAAAGAUGGGCGGUGAUGCAGGGUGCCCCAGGCUCAUCCUUGUGGUGGAGCUGAGACUUUUAGACGCCCGGAGAGCAAAACAGAGGAAGACGGGAAAGAGACAAAAACAGAGAUGCCAAAGAGCUGCAAGAGAAAUGGCAUCUCGAAGCCAUCCAACUCAGGUACUGUGAAAGCAGCAUGCUAACGUCGAGUCCCCCCCACCCCCACCGUGGACCUUGGCAGGAGGUCGGUGGCUCCCACUGGCAGGAAAGGAGCCAGGUCACCCCUUGGGU